UGCACCACCUGGGGGUCGCAGCCGUCGUGCAAGUACUCCAGCGCCUGCGCCACCUGGUGCGCGAUCGCCAUUCGCCGCGCCCACGGCAGCACCUCUCCGCUGCCCUCUCCGUGGAGCUGCUCGUGGAGGCUCCCUUUCGGGCCCCAAGGGUGUAAACAAGCUGAGCCAAGGUGCAUGCUUUGCCGAACCAUAUAGUCAAUGACCUUGUGCCUCUCUAAGAUAUAUGAAGCUUUUGUCUUUCAUGUCGCCAGGCCCCAAGGGUGUAAACAAGCUGAGCCAAGUACCGACAGAACGAACGAGUAAAGAAGAAGAUAUAUAUAUUUUUUUAAAAUUUAAAAAUUAAAUGUGUUUUUUUUUCUAGAAUUCGACUUGUUUAAGGGCAUCUUUUGAUUAUUCCAAAUUUAUUUAAUUUAAUCAAACUUGCCCACAAAUUCAUCAAACUUCCUCCCUCUUCACCAUUAUGAGCAAACCAACAAAACGAUGCGCACAAGCCCUCUUCAAACACCACCCUCUGCCUGACUGCCUACUCUCAUGCUAAAGCCAUGCCAUGCCUUGUAGUCCAACGCCUACACGUAUAAUCCCCAUGCAUAGCUUGUUUCUUUCUCUUCUCUUCUCCUGCUCUGCAACUUCUGCUGUUGUCGUUGCUGUUGGGCUCCACCAGUUUGCCUGCCUCGCUCAGUCUCUAAAAAAACUCCACUGCUUCUGCUGCUGCUGCUCGCAUCGUCAUUCUGUCGAACACCAUGCCUUCGCCGAGCGACGUCGUCGCGGCCAGCACCAAUAACACGUGGGGCCCAUACACCAGCGGCAAGGACUUCGGGGUCAACAUGGCCACCGUCCUGGUGGUGCUCCUCGGCGCCACGGCCCUGGCUUUCGCGCUGCACGUCGCGUACAGGUUCCUCGUCCGCCUCCUGGGCCGCCGGAACCUCGGUAGAGACCGCGCGGGGGCCCCCCACGAUGCUAGCGGUGAUCAGGAUGACAAGUCUACGGCGGCGGCGCAGCUACCGGGGCCCGUGGUGUCGUUCUCCUCCGGGGCGACGAGGGUGGCAGGGGCGCCGGAGUGCGCCAUCUGCCUCGCCGAGCUGGAGGAGGGAGACCUCGUUCGCGUGCUCCCGCCCUGUAGUCACGGCUUCCACGCGCAGUGCGUCGAAGCGUGGCUCGUCGGACGCUCGUCCUGCCCCACCUGCCGCACCGACUGCCGCCCGACGCCGGAGACUUGAAGAUCGCCGCCAUUUCUUUUAUUGCUCUGUUGCAAUUACUGUAACAAAAGAUCUACGGUAGGCAAUAAAUUAAUAAAGAUUUUGUGAACUACAGACGAUUAAAUAUUUGUACUUAAUUUAAUUUAGGAGUGUAUUUAAUGUUUGACUUUUGUGAAUUUAAAAUUUUAG